AUGUUUGCCCACCUCUACUUAGUUCGUGUUUUCGUCUCACCUUUUGCACUAGUGUUUCUGGCGAAGUAGUUGGAAAAUUGCAUUUUGCAAAGUUUUUCGCUAGGACCAAAAUCCAAAAUUGACAAAACCAGAAAGGAAACGAAAGGAUCGAGGGCGUCCGUGCGUGUGUGUGUGAGUGGGCGUGCAAUCAAUCCUGUGUCGUGCGGUGUGGGGGCGCAAAUUAAAACCAAUACCACCACCACUGAAAACCGACACAACCACACACGGCCGAGAGCGGAAAAAAGACACAGAUUAAUUCAAUUACAAGUGAAAUUCGAGUGAGUGGCCGAUAAUUAUCGUUCUGGGCACCAGCCACCAGGUGACCAAACGGACCAAGCAGACGCGCGUUACGUGAAAAGCAGAUCGCGAAGUGUCCACAACUCGUUGAAAAGAAAAAAAUUGAUUUUCCACAAUUGCAAUUGGAAGGCAAAGCCAAAGGCAAAAGCAAAAGCAAAGUAAAGCAGAGGAAGAGCCAAGAGUGCGUGUGUGUGUGUGUCCGCGUCCGUGUGUGAGCGAGGGGGUGUAAAAGUGGGAGAGUGGGAAGCGGAGGCGAAGGCGAAGACGGAUACGGAGGGAGCACAUCCAGGCGUCGCAUCCUCGCAUAAUGAAUAUUGUCGGGGAAUAUGAAUACAGCUCCAAGGAUAUGCUUGGCCACGGCGCCUUUGCCGUCGUCUACAAGGGACGUCAUCGCAAGAAACACAUGCCGGUGGCCAUCAAGUGCAUCACAAAGAAGGGACAGCUGAAGACGCAGAAUCUGCUCGGCAAGGAGAUCAAGAUCCUGAAGGAGCUGACCGAGCUGCACCAUGAGAAUGUGGUGGCUCUGCUGGACUGCAAGGAGUCGCAGGAUUGCGUCAGCCUGGUCAUGGAGUACUGCAAUGGCGGUGACCUGGCGGAUUACCUGAGUGUCAAGGGAACACUGAGCGAGGAUACCGUUAGACUCUUCCUCGUACAACUAGCUGGUGCUAUGAAGGCACUUUAUACCAAAGGAAUUGUGCAUCGUGAUCUCAAGCCACAAAACAUUUUGCUAUCGCACAAUUAUGGCAAAACCUUGCCAGCUCCAUCGAAGAUAACCCUGAAAAUUGCCGAUUUCGGGUUUGCGCGUUUUCUAAACGAGGGCGCUAUGGCAGCCACUCUGUGCGGCUCGCCCAUGUACAUGGCACCGGAGGUGAUCAUGUCGCUGCAGUACGACUCCAAGGCGGAUCUCUGGUCUCUGGGCACGAUUGUCUAUCAGUGUCUCACGGGCAAGGCGCCCUUCUAUGCACAAACGCCCAACGAGCUGAAGUUCUACUACGAACAGAAUGCCAACCUGGCGCCCAAGAUUCCCCAUGGCGUGUCGCCGGAUUUGAGGGAUCUUCUGCUGUGCCUGCUGCGCCGCAACGCCAAGGAUCGCAUCUCGUACGAGAGCUUCUUUGUGCAUCGGUUCCUUCUGGGCAAGAAGACGGCCGCAUCGUCGCCAGGUGAGCACUCAAGUAGCAACCUGCGGCGGCGAGUCUCUAAGACUGGUGUUCUUGCAGUUGACAUGCCACCGCUGGGUGGUACUCCGCCUGCCAAGGCCAAGAGCCCCCUGCAGCAGCAGCUGGAGCAGGAACUGCAGCUGGUCAAGCUGGCCGAGCAGCAGCAGAGGGAGCGCGAGGAGCAGGAGGCGGCCCUAGAGGAGGAGGAGAAUACGAUAUCCGUGGUGGCCAAUCCAGCCAUUUGUGCCACCAUCACCAAUGUGGGCGUGCUGUGCGAUAGUGAGAAUAACAGCGGAUCAUGCAGCUCCCACGAGGACUCCGAUGACUUUGUGCUGGUGCCAAAGAACCUGCCUGAGGAUCAGCGCCAGGGUCUGGCCCAUGCCCAAGCUCAGCCAGCUUCCGGUGGCCAGCGCCCUGCGCAGCAACAGAAUCAAUCCAGUCCGCCACGACCCAGCAGUCUGCCCAUCUCCGAGCCGAAGCCUGUGCCGGCACCAGCUCGACGCCAGGUUGCCAAUGGUUCCCCGGCUAGGCAGGGAUCUGUCCCACUGACGGUGGCCACUCUGGGCGGCCAGCAGAUACCCCGAUCGCAGCCCAUUAGCGUGAAGCAGCCGCGACCGGAUCAGCGCAAGAGCAGUGUGAGCAGUGACAUUAAUUCGAUCUCACCGCCGGCGGUGCAGUUUGCCAUUGGAACGCCACCCACGCGGAUGCGCUCUGCAUCGGGUGGAUCGCUGUCGGAGACACCGCCGCCUCAUGCUCCGAGCACCUGGCAGGUGUCGCCGGGACACUCACAAUCUCCGCUGCGAAGAAGCGGCAACAGCUCUCCGGUUCUGCCGUCCGCAGCGCUCACCAAAUUGCCCACAUUGGGCAGUCCCACCAUGCUGGUGGCUCCCGGAUCCCUGGGAUCGAUUGGCUCGGCGGGCAGCGGGUCGGAAAACAACAAUCAGCAUCAUAUGCUGGGACCGAGAGCUUUCACGCUUCCCGAGCUGGGCGCCACUGGUGGCCUGCACAGCUUGCUGGACACUGGAGCCGGCAGCGGUGGCGGGGAACCACAUGCAUUCCAGGCACCGGAGCUCUCCGAGGAGACGCUAAUGGAUCGCGAGCACAACGAGACACUGUCCAAGCUGAACUUUGUGCUGGCCCUGACCGACUGCAUCCAGGAGGUGGCCGACUCCCGUUGCGCACCGCUUUCCACGCUCAUGGUGGCCGGCAGUCAGUCGGCGGCAGCAGCAGCAGCAGCAGCGGCGGAUGCUCAGCAAAUACCGCCACACGCUCCGGAGCACUGUAAGCGAGCAGAGCGUCUGGUGCUGCUCGUUCGUGGCCUACAGCUGCUCUCGUCCGGCAUGAAUUUGGCUUCCCAGCAGCUGCGCAACGGCCAAUUGAAACCGUCGUCCAAUGUGAAGAAUGCUCUGCUCACCAUGAACGCCAAAUACCGGAGCAUGCUGUUCGAGUCCAAGCGCCUCAAUGGCAGCGGCCUGCUGCAAAAGGCGAAUGCAUUUAAUAUUACGGCGGAUAAGAUUCUCUACGACUAUGCGUUGGAUAUGUGUCAGGCGGCUGCUUUGGAUGAGCUAUUGAAGAACACCAAAAAUUGCUUCGAGCGCUACAACACGGCACACAUUCUGCUGCAUUCGUUGGUGCAAAAGUGCACUCAUCCGCAGGACAAAAUGCUGCUGAACAAGUAUCGCGAUGCUGUUGAGAAGCGUUUGAGCAUACUGCAGCAGCAUGGCUACAUCUAUGUAACCGAUGAGAAUGCCUAGGAGGCAGAACGAAGCUUUAUUCCAAUCUUCACCAACCCAACAACAACAGCAAACAGCAACAACAUUUCCUUAAGUUAUUCAAAGUUUUUUUUUCGUUUGGGAGUGCAAACAAAUGUGAUUUGAAACAAAAGCUACACCUAUCCAUAAAUAAUAGACAUACCGACAAAUAAUUUAAACCCACUCAUCCUCGAAAAACCAUAAUUUCUGGAGUUCUCGGUCAACCCACAACAAAAAAGAAAACUGUCCAAUGUAAAUAGUUUGAGCUAUGCAGAAAGUGUAGGUAGUUUUUGUUUUCUUUCUAUUUUAUUUUAAACCAUAAUUGUUAAAGCUUAAUAUAUCGAGUGCGGGAUGCAACAUGAAUAAGGGCGGAUAAAGGAGUCCAUAUAGCUAGUAAGAUAACCAUAACAUAUAUAUAUA